AUGCAUUCACUCAUCGUCAUCCUCACCCUUCUAUCUCCCCUCCCCCACGUCUCAGCAUGGGGCAGCCUCGGCCACCGCACCGUGGCCUACCUAGCGAGCAUGUACUUCACGACCGAAUCCACAGUAAUGACCAACCACCUCCUGCACGGCCAGGACAUCUCGGAAGCAGCCCUCUUCGCUGACAAAGUGCGGCACAUGCCUCAAUUCGCCUACUCCGCCGGCUGGCACUACAUCGACGCGCGCGACGAUCCGCCACGCCACUGCGGGAUCAAUAUGACCAGGGACUGCGGCGACGGAAGCGGAAGUUCUGACCCUGCCACCGACUCUGACGCCGACUCUCACUCUGACACUACCGCCACCGGGGGCUGCGUGGUCAGCGCGAUCGCCAACCACACGCAACGGGUCUCCAAUCUAUCUCUGCCGGCGUACUUCCGCGGCCAGAGUCUGCGGUUCAUGAUCCAUUUCUUCGGCGACGUCCAUCAGCCGCUGCACACGGAAGCCGAGGACCGCGGAGGGAACGAGUACGCCGUGACAUUUGACGGAAAAGCCACCAAUCUCCACAGUGCGUGGGACACGUUGAUUCCGAAUAAACUUGUCGCUACUGCCAUGGCGAGAAACGAAACCAAAAGCAGCAAUCAUCACAGCGCUGACGUCGAAUUGUUGGACGCUUGGGAAUGGGCUCGCAGAUUGUACGACAAGCAUGAACGAGACGAAUUAGGGGUCGAAGACCAUGCUGAUGACGAUGACCACGACGAGUGUUUGACCGAUCCGGCAGAGUGUGCGCUUCAAUGGGCGAGCGAGGCCAAUGCGCAUGUCUGUUUGUAUGUCCUGGCUAGAGAUGUGCGUGGUCAGGAUCUGGGCGGAGAUUACUAUGAUGGAGCUGUGCCCAUUAUCAAUGAUAUGGUGGCCAAGGCCGGUCGAAGGUUGGCGGUUUGGAUCAACGCCAUUUCCGCGACAGAGCAUGAUCAUGCGGCGCUGCUGCAAACACAGUGA